AUAGUAUGCGAUAGUGCUCAAACAUUUUUUGAUCACAUCACUAUUUGAUUUGCAUUUGUCACAAACAGACGCGUGUAAAAUGGUGUUGGUGGCAUUUUAUUUUCCAAAUAUGGACAAAUUUGUGCGAAUUGCAUGUGUCAAGGAUCCCGACAAUAGCAGUGAAGGAGAAUCGCCUUCUUUAAAAAGGCAGCGAGUUGGCAAAGCGAAGGUCGGGCUUUAUUUUGAGAGGUCCAAAGAUGGCAAGACCGCCAGGUGCAUAUACUGUUCCAAUGAUUAUACAACACGUUGAAUUUAUUCGACCACGUUAAAAGUGCAUCCCGGCAUUUCAUUUGACGAAUCGCCAAAAGAGACGCCAUUUUUGGAGGGCUAUUACGCUCCCUCUUUUGAACGAAAAAAAAUGAUUGACAGGGCUUUGCCCAUACUUGUUUCGCAAGACAUGCAUCCAUUUAUGAUUCUGGAGGGUCGCGGGUUUUGCGAGUUUGUAAAUAUCCUUGAUCCUCGGUACAACCUGCCUUCAUGAAAAACACUAAGAAACGUGCUUAUGAGUGGCAUGUACAAUGAAUUGAAGACGAAACUGUGUGCACUUUUGGAUGGUAUUGAAAGCUGCGCCAUAACAACGAACUGUUUAACUUCGAGAGCUAACCAAGCAAAUAUAACGGUUACAUGCCACUUUAUAACGAAGGAUUUUGUUUUGCGCACAGCAGUAUUGGCCACCAAACCAUUACUUGAUAGUUUAAAUCAGUCAGACGAGAGGAAUAUUUUUACUAAAAUAUUAGCAGUUACAACUGAUAGUGCCAAUUCUAUGAAGAAAGCUUGUGAACUGUUGAAAAAAUAACGUCUACCGUGCUUUGCACACACAAUAAAUUUAAUAUAUACUACCGGAAAGUGCAAACUGAUUGUCACGUAUUUUAAGUCUAGUCCAAUUGCACUUAGAAAAUUUCAAGCAGAGCAAAAAACCACAAAAAAGUACAGCUUGAAACAAGAAGCGCAUUUUAUAUAAUAGAGCGAAUAAUUUUAACUAUCUAUAGUGCUAUAGUGAAAGUUGAUUUUUUUAUGUUAAUUUAAUAAUGAUUUAAAAAAUCCCGAUACAAUCGAUAGUAUCGAAUUUUUUGUUGAAAAACCUCGAGAAUAUCGAAUGUCUCAACUAUCGAUGUUUUCCCAGCUCUAAGGAGAGUGCACUGCAUAUUCUGUAAUACUAACUUGGUAUUAACUUUGUGACUGAACAGAAGGCAUGGCAGCUGCUCAAAAUGGUGCCAUCGAUCUUUUGGAAGCAGCAAGAGCAACCUGCAAGAACAGCAACGAGCAGCAAAAAAAACGGGAAGGAAGUGGCACCGAUGCUGCCGUGGUUUUUGGAGGAGCAAGCCGCCAGAGUGCAGACGGGCCACCGCCAGCAACGGGCGGAGCCCUUGCGUGAUGAGAGGUGGACUCAAAGAAGCGAGUCGCCGGAGCUGGAACUGGAAAUUAUGGCAUCACCUUUUGUUACCCCAGAGCCGUCCACCCGAGACACGUGGUCGUCACCGGGAACACCGCAGAGCACGCAGACAAUAAAGGUGCUCUGUGUCUGGAGCGGAUGGACCAGCGGCGAGGUCGGCCGGCAGAAACCGGCUGGAGGCGCGACGGCAGCGGCGCCAGGAGUCGUGCCAGCGACGCGAGAAGGAACUCUGUUGUCGCGAAGAAGAGCGCCAACGGAUGGAGGAGCAGAGGACAAGAGAGGUGGUUCGGUGGCUGGACACCACAAUGCAAGAAGCCAGAGCAGAGCCCGAGGCCCGCCAAGCAAUGGCGGAGGCAAGCGAGGCGCAGGCCCAGGCGCAUGAGAGAAGCCAAGAGGAUGCACCGCCGACGCCGUCGCCGCCGCCGUUCAUACGGGUGAAGGCAUCGACGGAGCUGACCAACAAGGGGCCGGCACAGGUCAGCCGGAGUCCCAAGAGCCGACGGCCCAGGAGGAGCGAGAGCCGAAGCCACAGCCACAAUGGCAGGGACUGGAGAGCGCGGAGUGCGGGCCAUUCGUUUCGCAGAGCGUGCAUACGGCGGUCAGAGAGCGGAUGGUAUGGCAUCACCAGGGCUGAAGAAGGGUAUAAGGCCAGCGCGGCGUGGCAAAUUUGCCGGUCAGCGACCGGGGACGUGGAAUGGCAGAGAACGCAAGGAGCAAGCCGUGCGGCUAGCGCAGUGAGAGAGAGAGGGACAGGCGGGAUAGGGCCGGCAGCGGACCAACGCAGGACCAUAUAUGGUCACAAGAUCACGCCACCGCGGCGAUCCCGUUACGAAUGAAGUGGAAAGACGCGGAGUCGCCGAUGGAAAAUAACUGACGACGCGUGGGAGAGGCACCAUAAGGCCAGGACGGCGGCGCCCUGGGCACCGUCAGGGAAGUCGAUAAAAAGGGAGCCACGGCAGCGGCAAGAGGAAUAAGAUCGGAGUCAGAUAUCGAGUGCGGAGCCUAUAAGCGAGUGAGAUUAAAGUCAAUCAGUGAAAACCACAAGUCCGUGGAAAAGUGCAGUUGGAACCCAAGUCCCCCGAAGGACAAUUAGCACGGCGAAGCUCACCGCUCAGGAGGUGAGUAACCGAGGAGAGAAACCAUUUGUGUGCGGACGAGGCGGGCGCUGAUUCAGAGCCCCACCCGUUGCCUGAAGGAGUCUCACCGGGAAGUAGCCUCUGAGCUGGAUUAGCCUCGCGUGAGUGUCGCUACGGAAGGCAUCCAGGUAACUUACUUGAUCGAGGACGGCUGUCGGGAGGCGAACCAUAGCCGUGUGCGGAGUUGAGAGGGCGGACGAGGCGGAGCCGAGUCAGAACCCCGAGCGGUAGCACUGGCGGAGGCAAGCCUAGGAGUAGCCCCGAGGGGAGGUAAAGAUAGGUUUACGACUACCCAGUGUGAUAGCCCGUAAGAUAGAUACCGUUAAGAUACCACUAAAUAAGUAAUCAAACCCACCCAGUGCCUCUCUACUUGUCGUUGAGGCAACUUAUAAAUUUGUUGCGGCGAACCCACCGAUCACUGAGCCAGCCCAGCUGAAUCAUACGGAACAAAACGAUUCGUUACAAUUUAUGCAGUCGCUAUGGAACAAAAGCAUAAAGUUGAAUUAACACGAAAGCCUGCCCCAGGAUCUACAUACGACAUUGAAUGAGCUGACUUCGCAGUUGUCGAUGGUCGAGAACUUUAAGUUUCUACGUUAAGUGCUUUGGCAGCAAGCAGCAAGAUUAGAAAUGCACGCGUUUUGCGAUGCGAGCCAGGCAGCAUAUGGCGCCUAUAUAUACAUGCGUUCAGAACCUCUUGGAAUUGCGCAAAG